CAGGUUCAGAAAGUCGGCGACGGUCGACCAGCACAACAGGUUUCCAGAGUUAAGAGAUUGUUGCUCGGUUUUGCCGUGGGGUUAGGCUCUUUAUACAAUCGCCGCUACAACUCCUGCGACACAAAUAUAUCUUGCGUCUAUCGCCUUGAUUUUACCCGCAGAGACCGUUGAAAAUGGCCAAGAAAGCGUCUCGCCCGGCCGCAACGAAAACUUCCUCCGCUGCGUCGCCCGCGAUGGUCGGAAUGACCCAGGUUGGGAAUCAGUCUUCAAUUCUGAAGGCAUCUUUCGCCCCAUCGGAGUACCAACUGGCACUUUUCGCGUCGGUAAUCCAGGGUCUCGGUGCUCAGCAUCUCCGCAUUCACGAUACGAAUACAGGACGGUUACAGUGCGAGCAUGUUUUAGGUCCCAAGGAGGUCGUCACAUCGCUUGACUGGGGUUACUUCAUCGGUCGUCAGAAGGACAAGGAUUUGUCGAAGAAGAAGAGAAAGAGGAAUUCUGAUAUCAAUGGUGAUGCCUUCGAUCAGGGCGAUGUUGUCGUCGCCUUCGGGACCAACACCUCCGAGAUCAAAAUGUACUCGCCUGUGGAGGAUAAGAUUGUUGGCACGCUUGCAGAUGCACAUGAGAAAGGAAUUCGGGAUUUCAAAUUCACUUCUAGUCGACCUGGCCAGGAGGGUUGGAGUAUCGGUGGAGAUAACAAACUCGUGCAGUGGGACCUCCGCACUGGACAGAAGACGAGAUCUAUUCAUCUACCCUCCACGUCGACAUACAACACGCUUUCGCGCCCUCUCCCUUUCAACCCCCAUGUCAUCUGUGCCUCUCAAACUCCGUACAUCGUUAGUGUGGAGAAGGACGAAUCUCCUGUGUCGUUUCCCGCCAUGCGCAACCCUAUCAGACAAAUUUUCACCUCGUCCACAGAAUCCGCGGCUACAGGCUUGUUCCUUACAUCCGAUAGUGAUCGUUACAUCAAUGUUUUCGAUAUCGAGAAUACAGGUCUUGCCAUGAAUCUCGUUGCUGAGCAGGGUGUGAGCUCCCUGGCUCUGUAUACUGGCGUUGAGAAAAACGGCGUUGCUCUGCCGGCAGAGAAGCAAGUGCUUGCCGCUGUGACUGAAGAUGGCACGAUUGAACUCUUCACGCGGCCAUUUGUUCUCCCCAUUGAACAGGCUUCAGCCAAGGGUGCUGCUAGCCUAAAGGCCAGAUCAAAGCAGAUUAUCAGAAGAGCAGAGGCAUCGAUCAAGGUCACCAUCUCUGCGACUUCCGAGGCCCUGGUUUCUGUUGUGGCAGCGGCAUUCCAAGGCCCCGAGUUAAUUCUUGUCUGGGCCGACGGAGGUGUCAUUCCCGUCUUUGAGCGGAUCCAAUGGCUCAAUGAAGAGACUGAUGAGGUGCUAUUCACCGGGACUAAAACCAUUCCUAGAACCAAGACUGGCGGAGUUCUGGGGUCAGUGGCCACGAACGGAAAGAAGAGCGCAAGGGACGUCGACGUCGACCAAACCAGGGUCACAGUCGAGCAAGGAAACAUGAUGGAAGAUGACGUUGAAAUGCAAGAUACCAAAGAAGAUGCUGUUUCCAUGGCCGAUAGUGGAGAAGAGUCCGACUCUGACGCCGACAAUGAAAAGCCCUCGAAGCAAUUGCACAAGAAGGAGGAAGAUGAUAGCGAUGUUGAGAUGGGCAAUGGGCAGGAGUCAGGCUCUGAGGAGGAAGAAGAUGAGACCGGCGAGCCAUCAUUUGGCGAGCUUGUGCGCGCUAACCAGGAAAUUGUUGACGUCGAAGCCGAGCUUGAAGACGACGUGCACAUGGGAUCUUUAAUACCCGGAAAGCCAAACGCCGCCGUGCAGCAGAUUCCUUCGGGUGUAUCAUUGUCCACCGUGCUCACCCAAUCUCUUAAGACCAACGAUACCGCUAUGCUCGAAUCAUGCUUUCAGACAAGCGAUCUUUCCAUCAUCCGCACCACCAUUCAGCGUCUUGAUUCGUCCCUGGCAGCCACUCUCCUCCAGAAGCUCGCCGAGCGUCUUUCCGGUCGUCCCGGCCGCUACGGACACCUGCUCGUGUGGGUGCAGUGGACCUGUGUCGCUCACGGUGGCGCCCUUGCUGGCAAGCCCGAGCUUCUGAAGCGCAUGUCGACCCUCUUCAAGGUCAUGGAGCAACGCGCUUCCAGCCUUCCUUCGCUGCUUCUGCUGAAGGGCAAGCUUGAUAUGUUGGAUGCUCAGCUCGGACUGAGACGGGCGAUGCACAAGGGCGAGGAGGCCAUGGACAGUGAGGACGAGGAGAACAUCAUCUACGUCGAGGGACAGGAGGACGAAUACGAUGACAGCGAUGCUGAGGCACAUAAGGACACUGUCACUCCUCGCACCAAGUCGAUACGCGACCAGACCUAUGACGAGGAAGAGUCGAUAAUGAACGGUGUGCACUACGGCGGAGACUCGUCUGAGGAUGAGGAAGAAGGUAGCGAGGAGGAGGAGGAUGAGGACGAGAACAUUCUCGAUGUUGAGGCGGAGGAGUCUGCUGGCUCCUCGGACGCGGAAGAGUCCCUUGAGGAAGAUGAGGACGAGGAUGACGAAGACGCCGCGAGCGUUGGCUCGAUGGCGGACUUCAUCGCAGACACGGAAGACGAGGACGAGUCUGAUGACGAGGUCACUUCUGCUCCUCAGCCUCCGCCUUCCAAGAAGGCCAGGCUGAGCGGUGGUGGCGGUGGACGAGGUAAGGGCAAGAAGGCAGGAAAAAGAUAGGCGAUAUAGAUCAAAUUUCUUUUCUUUUUCUUCUCCUCCCUCUGACCUUUAGAUUUUAUACCCCGCGUUCUUCUCAAUCACAGCAGCAGCAGCGACGUUGAUGUCUUUCUCCGGGAUGUUUCAUAAUGGCCUCCAACCCCAAAAGUGCAAAGCGCAGUUGUUUUGAGAGAGUAUGAGUAAAGAAUUAUUAUGUUUUUGCUUGAUUGAUCUAAUUGUGAGUUCGUACUAUUGUAUCUUCUUGAUCUGGGGUUCCCCCGAAUCUUCUGCAUCAUGUUGGAUUUAGGGAGUGGGAAAAUAAAGGGGGCGGAGAGGGGAAUGUGAUGCCUGAAUAUAUUGUAACAACCAUCCG